AUGGAGCUUUAUCCAGUUUACGUUCGUCAUAGUGGUGAAUGGGAUGACAAUAAAUUUAUCAUUUUCGUCGGCGAUUGUAUUAAGUUUCUCCCAAAGGAUGGUUUGCCAUCGAUCCUGAUUUACAACGAUACUGAUGUUCGGGUGUAUAUUGAAUUAAAGAAGAAAAGGUUGGAUUUCACUGAGUACUCGUUGUAUGUGACUGUGAAAGAGAUUUAUGAUAAUUGUUUGGUUGCUACAAGUUCCAGGUGUUUGGUUGCUACAAGUUCCAUUUGUAUAGAUAAAGGCAAAUGUGUAAAUGAUAUUGAAGAUGCAUCCACAAUUUAUAGCAUUGAGAUUAUGCCUGAUAUCGAAUUUAUUGAAAAUACCGAUUAUGGUAUAAUAGAUAAUAUGUUAAACAAAUUGGUUGAGGAGGAUCAAGUUUAUAAAGAUAGAGAGACAGUUGUCAGUGUAAUGAAAAACUCGGUUGUACGCGAGAGGUUCCAAUUCAAGGUGAAGAGAUCAAGCGCAAUAAUGUAUCACCUUAUGUGUGUGGAUGACAAUUGUGUUUGGAGUUUCAAAUCUUCUGCCGUUUACAAGGCAAACAUAUUCAAGGUGAGAAGUUAUAAUAAUAAUCACACAUGCGGCUAUGGUGAAAGAUACUUAGCACAACGUCAAGCUACUUCAGGUGUAGUUGCUAGUAUAGUCAAGGACAAGUAUGUUAAUCCAAAAAAAGUUUACACCCCAAAUGAUAUAAUAGAGGACAUACAAAAGCAACACGGGAUUAAAGUGAGCUACAUGAAAGUAUGGAGAGCUAAAGAGAUAGCAAUGGCAAUAAUAAGAGGGAAUCCGAGCGAUUCAUAUAAGGAGUUGCCGAGGUAUUUGUAUAUGUUGGAGCAUACAAAUCCAGGAACGAUUACAAAGUUGCACAAAUCAGAAUAUGGAUGCUUUCUUUACGCAUAUGUUUCGCUAUAUGCAUCUAUCAAGGGUUGGAAAAAUUGCAGGCCGAUAAUGGUUGUUGACGGAAGUUUCCUUAAAGCAGCAUAUAAGGGUACCAUAUUGACUGCUUGCACAUAA